AUGAUCAUUUUUUUGCUUAUGUGGAAUUGUAAAAGACCGAAAAACUUGCCACCAGGUCCCCCAUUUUGGCCAAUAAUUGGGAAUGUUUCGGUAUUGAAAAAAUUAAAAACGUUGAAGUUUCAUCAUUUAUUGUGGGAUAAUUUAUCAAGAACUUAUGGGUCAUUGAUUGGAUUGAAAUUCUUCAACGAUUAUGUUGUGAUUGUGUCAGGGAAUAAAUGGAUCAAGGAAUUGUACAAUCGUGUGGAACUUAAUGGGCGUCCAAAUGGUUUUUUUUUCCGUGUUCGGUCAUUUGAUAAAAGACUUGGAGUUGUUUUCACUGACGGGGAUCUGUGGGAAGAUCAAAGAAGAUUCAGUGUUAAAGCAAUGAAGAGUUUUGGUUUUGGAAAGACAACAAUGUAUGAAAGUAUAGAAUUCGAGGCGAAAGAGUUGAUUAAAAGCAUCGAGAAGCAACUGACAUGUGAUGGCCUUUCGGCGAUUCAGAAAGCAAACAAUAAUAUUUUUGAUAUUUCGGUUAUGAACGUAAUGUCGACAAUUCUCAGAGGAAAACGAUACGAACUCGAUGAUGAAAUUAUCAUCACUUUGAUGGAAAGUAUUCACAAAUGUUUUCAAAUCAUUGACAUGUCAGGCGGAAUUCUCAAUCAUCUUCCAUUCAUUCGACAUAUUUUUCCGAGAAAAUCUGGCUACCAACCACUCAUCGACUCUAUGAAGCCUCUGUGGAAUUUCCUUCGGAUAAAUAUUGAUGAGGUCAUGAAAAACUUUACUGAUGAAAUUUCACCAAACAAUUUCAUUGAACAAUAUUGCGUUGAAAUUAUAAAAAAUAAUAAAAAUGAAAGCUUUUUCACGAAAGAACAAUUAUUGGCACUUUGCAUUGACUUCUUCCAAGCUGGUUCUGAAACAACAAGUAAUACUUUAGCGUUUGCUGUUCUUUACAUGCUUCACCAUCCGAAAGUUAUGCAAAAAGUACAAAACGAAAUUAAAUCAGUUGCUGGAAAUCGCCUUCCGAAAUGGAUCGAUCAUCAAAAUUUAAAAUAUACAAAGGCAACAAUUUACGAAAUUCAGAGAAUGUCUAAUGUAGCACCAUUGGGAAUUGCACAUCGUGUGACUGAAGACAUGAAAGUUCAAAACUUUACCAUUCCCAAAAAUUCUCUCGUGUUGUUCAACAUAUUCAGCAUUCACAUGGAUGAAAACUGUUGGAAAAGUCCUAAAGAUUUCAAUCCAGAUCGAUUUAUAAACGACAAAAAUGAAUUAAUUUUCAAUGAAAACUUUAUCCCAUUUGGUUUAGGAAAACGACGAUGCAUUGGUGAAACUUUGGCAAAAUCAAGUCUUUUUAUAUUUUUUACUUCCUUUCUCCAUUCAUUUGACAUAUCAUACGAGGGUACAUUGCCAGGAUUAGAAGGACGGGAUGGCAUAACAUUGUCGCCACAUCCCUUCAAAGUUAAGUUGAAGAGAAGAAGCGAAGUUGUGAAAGGAUUUCUGUCUGUUUUUUACAGUAUUGGCAGUAAACCUCUGCUUAUUUGGGACUCUCACGUUAAAAAUGGAUUCAUUAAACGCAUAACAGAUGAUGAUGCUAAGUCAUUGGUUCUAGAAAUUCGAAGCCUCAACAUUGAAAACUGUUACAUCACAGCACCAUCAACGCCAUGCGUCAGCUUAGGAGUUAAAAUGCCAUUCAUGAUCAUCAUCGUAAAGAAUCUCGGGAAAUAUUUCUCGUUUGAAGUGCAAGUCUUAGAUGACCAUAGUCAACUGCAUCGUUUUCGAUUGUCGAAUUAUCAAAGUCAAACUAAAGUAACAAAGUCACAGACAUUCAUGCCGUUGGCGUUAAAUUGUGGCUGGAAUCAAAUCCAACUGAAUCUUGCUGACUUCACACGAAGAGCUUACGGAACUUGUUAUUUGGAAACUGUUCGCGUUACAGUUCAUGCUAAUUGUCGCUUGCGUAAUGUUUAUUUUACUGAUCGUCUCUAUACAGACGAUGAGAAACCGGCAUCCUUCAAGCUCAUGGAACCUGUUGAGUUAAAGAAGGAACCAAAAAUGAAACUAGUCUCAAACAAACAAAAGCCAGUUGUUGAAACUAUUCGACCAACAUCACCAAGAAAAAGUUGCAAGGUAGUUAAAAAAAUGCAAUUAAAGUUCCUUAAAACAGCAUUCGAAGCUCAGGAUCAUUUGAAUCGCAUUGCUGGAUUGUCAUGGUCGCCGAAUUGUCAAAAGCUGGCAGUAGCUACUGCAGACAGAACAAUAAUUCUUUUUGAUGAAAAUGGUGAAAAGAAAGACAAAUUUUCAACCAAGCCUGGUGAAUCGUCAGCAAGUCGUACAUCUUACGUUAUCAGAGGUCUCGCUUUCAGUCCAGACUCGACAAAACUUGCAGUGGCACAAAGUGACAGCAUAGUUUAUGUUUAUAAGCUUGGCGAGAAUUGGAACGACAAAAAAGUAAUUUGUAAUAAAUUCCCACAACCUUCAGCAGUUUCAUGUAUGAUUUGGCUGAACAGCGGGAUGAUUAUCGCUGGCUUAGAAGAUGGGAGAGUACGAGCUUUACAGUGUAAGAAUAAUAAGUCACAAAAUCUUUACGGCACGGAAGCUACAGUCGUUGCUUUAGCUUCGAAUUCUCGUGGAACUGGAAUUGUUUCGGGUCACGACGAUGGCUCUGUUAUAAGAUUUUAUCUGGUAGAAGAAACAGGGGAACCUUCGGGACGACUUUUUCAACACACUGUUCCACCAGCGGCGUUAGCAUGGAGUUCUGGAGGAAUAGUCGCAGCAGGGUGUGACAGGAAAGUAAAUUUUUAUGAUUGGCAAGGUCGACUUCAACGUUCGUUUGACUAUUCGCGAGAUGACAAUGAACGUGAAUUUAUGGUUGCAACUUGUAGUCCUAAUGGACAAGCUGUUGCUGUUGGAAGCUUUGAUCGCAUACGAAUCUACACAUGGAGUCCAAGACAAAACUCAUGGAGUGAAUCGCUUUCAAAAGAUAUUCCAAAUUUGUAUUCGAUAACUGCGUUAGCAUGGCGUAAAGAUGGUGCGAGACUUUCUAUCGGAACAGUUUGUGGUGGUGUUUUGAUUUUCGAAUCUGUCAUAAAGAGAACAAUUUGGCAAGAUAAAUUUGAAAUAACUUUUGUAGCACCAAGUCAAGUUCUUCUGAAAUCUCUUCAAGAACCGACAAACUCAAUGAUCGUUGAAUCCCAAAUGGGACUUGAAAUUGAUGACGUUCGUAUCAUGGGAAAAGAUAAUUAUCUUGUCGGACGUACAGAUGAGUCUCUCAUACUUUGUGACCUAACACGAAGCUUAACAAGUGAAGUUCCUUGGAUUGCGAGUGGAUCGAAGCAUGAACGAUUUUAUUUCGAGAAUCCCAAUGUUUGCUUGAUUUUCAAUGCUGGUGAAUUAUCGCUUGUCGAAUAUGGUGACAACUUUAUUUUAGGAUCAGUACGAACAGAAUUUGUUAAUCCGCAUUUAAUCUCUGUGAGACUUAAUGAACGUGGUAAUGCUAGAAACAACAAAAAACUUGCUUACCUUCUCGACAUGAAAACAAUUUGUGUUGUUGACUUGAUAAUGCAAUCAGUGAUAACUCAAAUUUCUCACGAUUCUAAAUUAGAUUGGCUAGAAUUGAGUGAAACAGCUCACAAGUUGUUAUUUAGAGACAAGAAAAUGCGCUUGAUUGUAGUCGAUAUCAGUUCAGGACGUAAACAAACGCUUCUUAGUAAAGUUUCCUUCGUUCAAUGGGUGAGUGGAAGUGACGUUGUCGUUGCACAAACUGAUGCUAAUCUUGCAAUUUGGUACAAUAUUGAUUUACCGGAGCAUGUGACGAUAAUGUCAGUACGUGGUGAUGUGUACGAUGUUAUCAGGGAAGAAGGAAAAACCGAAGUUCAUACAAAGGAAGGUGCAACGGACCACAUUUAUCCUUUAGAUGAAGGUCUUGUUGAAUUUGGAACAGCAUUGAAUGACGGAGAUUUCGGACGUGCAGUUACAUAUUUGGAGUCACUUGGUGAAGUGCCAGCUGCAAAAGCAAUGUGGCAUAAUUUAGCAAACAUUGCUUUGAUUCAACAAAAUCUUCGAGUCGCGCAAAGAUGUUUUGCAGCUUUGGGAAAUGCGUCGAAAACUUUUUAUUUAUUUGAGACGAUUAAAAUUGGGGAACGUUACAAGGAGUCGACUGGACGUUCUGAAAUCCAAUGCCCAGAAGUUCGAGCACGUUUGGCAUUACUAGCUGGUGAUUUGAGGUCAGCUGAAAGGAUUUAUGUUGAUCAGGGAGAUUUGGAAGCAGCACUUCAAAUGUACAUCAAACUUCGUCGUUGGGAAGAUGCAAUUAAGCUUGCUGAACGUCGUGGUUAUCCUGGAUUAUUCGAUUUAAAAGAGAAACAAAUGUCAUACCUUCUGGCAACAAAUCAAGAAGAAAAAGCUGGCGAAGUUCUCGAAGAACGUGGCGAAAGAGAUAAAGCAUUGACACUUUAUAUAAAAGCUAAUAAGCCUGGACGUGCUGCAAGAUUAGCUUUGAAAACACCGAACUUGAUACAAAACGAAGAUUUAGUGUCACGAAUAACGUCAAUGCUUGUCCGAUCAGAACUUUAUGAGUUAGCCGGCGACCUUGCGCAAAAAACAAAUCAACAAGAAACAGCAAUGAAAUUUUAUAAAAAAGGAAAUUCUUACAGCAGAGCUGUUGAAAUUGCUCGAGUAAUAUCUCCAAAUGAUGUAACAAUUUUGGAAGACGAAUGGGGCGAUUAUUUAGUACAAAAGAGACAAUUAGAUGCAUCAAUCAGUCAUUACAUUGAAGCUGGGGCAAUCAGUAAAGCACUUGAUUCGGCUAUGGGCGCAAAACAAUUCCGCAAAGCAGUUCAAAUUGUCAAAGUUCUUGAUGAUGCUGAAGAAAUUACAAAAUAUGCUGGCGAACUUUCUGAGCAUUUGUCUAGCAAUGGUGACAUAGAAACGGCUGAAGAACUUCUAUUGAAAGCAGAAAUGUAUAAGGAAGCGAUAACGAUGCUAAACAAACACAACCAAUGGGAACGUUCAUUCGACAUUGCUGAACAAUAUUUGGAUAGAAGUGAAAUGUCGGAACUUUUCAUGGAUGUUGCUUUGAAACUAGAAGGAGAAAAGAAAUAUCGCGAUGCUGAGAAAGUUUAUAUAACCAUUGGUCAACCCGACAUAGCUAUCAACAUGUAUAAGAAUCUUGAAAUGUAUGAUGGAAUGAUCAGGCUUGUUGAACGAUACCAUAAAGAACAUUUAGAGAACACUCACCUGCAAUUGGCGAAACAACUUGAAGAAAAAGGGAAACUGAAGAAUGCUGAAGUUCAUUUUAUUGCUGCUGGAGAUUGGAAGUCAGCUGUACAUGCUUAUUGUGCUGCCAACAAAUGGGAAGAUGCUUUUCGUAUUGCAAAACAAAAAGGAAGUGAAGGCGCUUCAACUCAAGUCGCUUAUAUGUGGGCAAAAUCAUUACCAGUCGAAGGCGCAGCAAGACUUUUAACAAAGAUGGGACUUGUUGAUAAUUCAAUCACUUUUGCAUGUGAUUCCGGUCAUUUCGAGUUUGCAUUGGAUUUGUGUAAAGCAACUGGAAAGACUCCUGACGAAGUUCAUUUAAAAAUUGCGCUCGCACUUGAAGAUGAAGGAAAGUUUGACGAAGCUGAAACUGAAUUCAUUCUUGCAAAUAAACCUCGUGAAGCAAUCAUGAUGCAUGUCCAUGGUGGGGAUUGGAAAGCAGCUUUAAAAGUAGCUGAAAAAUACGUUCCAGAAGCUGUAAGCGAAGUUUUAAUCAAUCAAGCAAAUGCUGCUUUGGAAGCGAGGAAUUAUCAUGAGUAUGAAACGCUUCUCAUCCGUGCUGAACGAAUCGACUUAAUCAUAAAUCAUUACAAAGAGUACAGCAUGUGGAAUGAAGCGAUUCGAGUUGCUGAAGAAUAUAUGCCGCAGGAAGUUCCUGAAUUGAAGAGAAUGCAGAUAAGAUCUAAUAGAAGUUCAGCAUCAGGUGAUUCGCGAUCUCUGUUGCAACAAGCGUCAGAUUAUGCACGAAAUGAAGAGUUUAGAAAAGCGGCUGAAUGUUUGUUGCUGAUAAAUUUAACAAAUGCCGAAGAACAAUCAGUCGAACGAGCUUUACUUAGAGCAGCUGAAAUUUGUAAUCAAUUUUUAGAAGGACGAGAAGCUGUUGAAGUGGCUCAGGAAUUAGGACCAAGACUUGUGGAAAUAAAUUUAAUGGGACCAGCAGCUCAACUUUAUUUAGCAGCAGAAAUGCCAAAAGAAGCUGUUGACGUCUUCAUCCAAUCUGACAAUUGGAGUAAGGCACGAAGAUUGGCCAAGGAAAUCGAUCCACAACUAAUCAAAUACGUCGAGUCUCAACAAAAGUUUAAAUUAAGAAAUCAAGGCAAUGUCGAGUUGUUGGCAGACAUUGACAUCUCAAGUGCACUUGAUCUGUUAGCUGAACAAGGACAAUGGACACGUUGUAUUGAGAAAGCAAAGCAGCACGGCGGUCAAGUGCUUCAAAAAUAUCUUGCACAAUAUGCUGCACAAUUGAUUCGUGAUGGCUAA